AUGGAACAGCAUCUCCCCCUCCAGCCCGACCAAGACCUUGUAGUCGCCGAGGAGGUAGACCGACAAGUCGACGUUCUCGGGAGUGUCGCCCCCGGACACAGCGAAGAAGCCAUCUUCAUCGACCGCCGCGAUCUGUGGAGCAGCUUCUUUGGCUAUUCACUUUCGAUACGGAGACGCCUGGCGAGACAUCUAGCCCUCUUGCAAGCAAUCCGGGAAGCCUCGCCCUCCGGCUACGCAAUCACCGACGCAUCCCAGGACAAGAACCCUGUUCGAUUCCUCAGCUGGCUCAGGUGUUUUCGAGACAAGCCCACACCCAGAGACCCCAGUGUCAAGCCAGACAGGAUGAUGCUCAAGAUAAACAAAGAUAUGGCCCUCAGCGAUCUUAACCACAUGCUUGACAUUCUAGAUAUUGCCAAGAUGCUCCCCAAACCCUCAAGGCCGCCAUUCUCGCCCCGUUGGGCACUAUGGACAGUCGGAUGCUCUACCUUAUCGGCUGUGGCAUCUCUGGAGUCUCUGGAGGUUGUUGCCGGCCUCUUGAGGGCAUGGGCGCUUGUGGGCGUCACGCACCUCCUGGCGCCCAUAAUUUGGGAUGUCAUUUCUGACUACUUUCUUGACUACAACUUGGACUGCCUCGAAAAACAGUUGCAGGGUCUGAAGAGAGGAUUUGAGAAUGGGACAAUCACAGAGAGGAACCGCAAGGCAAUGGACUCCUGGCAUAUGGAGAUUCGCUCGGGUGUUCGCUAA